GUUAUCACCAUGAAGGAUAAGUUCUUCAAGCUAGAAUAUCCGAAAAUUUUCAAAGUUGUGCCCCUCGAAGUUCAACGGAUUAUUAAAUAUAUUGACGGAAUGGGAUAUGGAGAUGAGCCCGACUAUCUGUAUAUUGAAAAUUCUCUGAAAGCGAUAGCGAAAGAGAGAAAGAUUGAUUUCCAAAGACAGCUAGACUGGAUUGGCAAAGUGCCAUUGAAAAAGACGGAAGAGGAGAGUGAAACCACUUCAUCGGACAAUAGAAAAACUGGUGAGGACGAUGAUGAUAGCGAAGACAAGAAAAAGAGGCAGAAAAAGUCAAAUUCAACAUUUAUGGGUAAACGUCCUUCAGUCAUGAAGAGAUUCUCGAAAUCUUCGUUGAAGAGCACUAUGAGAAACAGAACCAGCAAAGCAAAGGCUAAAUGA